AUGGCGUAUAUUGGUGCUAUCUGAAAACUGGAGGGAUACGUCUUUACUUCAUCAUUAUUGAUGAGGCUUCACCGAAGCUUGAAGUCUAGGAACGCUUGAUCAUCUCGCUACAACAGCUUGAAUCAACUGAUUCCGAACGAGACGCAGGUCGGCGCACGGACCAGUCGUAGUCCAGUCCGCGUCUCCGACCGAGACGACCCGGACUUUUGGCUCAACGGCAUCCGCGUUGCCCUCCGCAAAAGCGCCGAGACCUACAACAAGACCUGGGGAACGAAGAUCGCGACCCCGGAGAUCCUACAUUUCCAGCGCAACCUCGAGGUAGUUCCAGACGAACCCUUCCAACUCCUCUUCGAUGCCAGAUACUUUGAAUGA